AUGGCGGACACGUCGCCGUUCAGCUUGGCAUCGUCGAUAUCCUGCCACGCGUGGAAUGGCAACAUGUCCAUGGUAGCCGUUAGCCCGCGAACAUCGGAGCUGUGGAUAUUCAAAGCUAAUAUCGCGGAUGACGAGAAACAGUGGGAGAAGCUUCACACGCUGUCCAAGCACGAGGACCUCAUAUCAGGAGUGGACUGGGGCGCAAAGAAGAAUCGCAUCGUCACAUGCUCUCACGACCGCAACUCGUACGUGUGGAACUGGGUGGAGGGGGAAUGGAGGGCAGCUCUGGUCAUUCUCAGACUCAACAGAGCGGCGCUCUGUGUUGCAUGGAGUCCCCAAGAGAACAAGUUUGCAGUGGGGAGUGGAUCCAAGACUGUCAGCGUGUGCUACUACGAUGACGAGAACAGCUGGUGGGUGAGCAAGGUGAUUCGCAAGAAGCAUGCCUCUUCAGUCACCAGCGUUGCCUGGCACCCAAACAACCUUCUUCUCGCAACCACAUGCACAGACAACAAGUGCCGGAUAUUUUCAGCAACCAUUAAAGGGGUUGACUCGAAAAGUUCAGAGAGCUCUUCCUCUGGCGGAUUCUCUGGCAAGUUUGGUGAGCAACUACUGCAGCUGGACUUGGCGUUUGGGUGGACCUUUGGAGCCAAGUGGUCGCCAUCAGGGGCCAACCUCGCCUUCGUUGGCCAUGACUCCACCAUUCAUUUCAUCAACGACGUCGGCCCCUCUCUCACCCUCCAUUCCAUCUCCCUCCGAUACCUCCCACUGCGUGAUGUUCUCUUCCUCUCCGAUCGGCUGCUGGUGGCGGCUGGCUUUGACUACAACCCUAUUCUCUUUAGUGCAGAUGCCAAUGGAACAUGGACGUUUGUGAGAGUAUUGGAUGGUUCUGAGGAGCCUACCUCCACUGCCACUGGCGCUGCUCUCUCUGCAAAGGACACAUUCGGUCGAUCGAUGGAACGUGGGGGUUCUCUCCGCUCAGGCCUGACUGACGCUGCUCCCAACGCCCCCUCCAUUCCUGACUCGGAGCUCUCUAAAGGGCCGAGCACUGUUCACCAGGACUGCAUCACCUGCAUUCGGCCAUUGGGAUCAGCCGACGAUUCAAUCAUUCAACAAUUCUCGACCUCUGGCCUGGACGGGAAAGUAGUGGUAUGGGAUGUGUCAGGUUUACAUCUAGCUCGAUACGCUUCGAGGCCAGCGGAAAUCCCUGCAACGCGUGUGACUGGUGACAGCGGAGGAGGACGGUUUGCUUCCACAGCGUACAGGUCGAGGGGGGUGGGGAUGGGGAAGUUAGGGAAGGCGAAGGCGAAGGCGAAGGUGUCAGAGCAGCCGCUUAAGUACGUCGGUACGACAGACCCGAUCGCCGCAGCGCGGAACGUGAAGUGGGCGCGAGUGGCGUUCUUUGUCGCUGUUGGAAUUGAUAUUGCCUUCACUCUUGCUCUGCACUAUUCUCUCCACAACGCCUUCUGGACUCCCGAUUUCAGCUCCUUCAGCGAAUUCGUUAAAAGCCUGCUCAGCUUCAGAUCAGACUCCCUCGACCUUAUCCUCAUCGCGAUUAUCAGAGCAAUCUCUCUAUCAAUCCUGUCAGAAGUAGCUGCUCGGUACGCGUGGCAGGAAGGUUGGGAGCUUGAAAUUCCGAAAAAGGAACAGAAGGGGAGGCCAGGAGGGGGAUCAGGAGCCAAUGCAUCCAGAAGAGGGUCUCAUGAUAUGAAUGGGGGGUUGAACGCUCCGCUUCUGGCUCGGGGAAUGGAUAAGGAGAAGGAGAAGGAGGAAGAGGAGGAAGACGAGGAGGAGAAGAAGCACGAGGUGAUAUCAUGGAAGAAGGAGGAGGAGGAUCAGGGCUUUAAGGAGUGGAUGAGCAAUGUGUCGUCCAAGGACGUGACUGUCUUCGUCUCCUUCCUCCUCUGCACGUUCUUCCAGGUGUAUGUGGGCGCGAAGUGCGUCAACUUCGCCUUUCCCAACGAGCUGCUGCAGGGCUGGCUGAUGGGGUCGGCCAUCAUCUGGAUCAACGCCGAGUCCACCCUCCUCGGCAACCUCUCCGAGUGCAGCGGCGUGCUUGGCCGGGCGCUCGCACUAAAGGAGAAGGCGGAGCAUGCACAUGCGAAUCCCCAUGGGCAUGGGCAUGGACAUGGAGCAAGAAGGAGGUCGUCCGAUGGGGAGAAUGGAGGCGGAUUGGAAGUGACUACCUCUGCUGCCGGCUCACACGGCGUUACCAGCGGGGCAAAAUCGAGCAGCAAGGGGCAGGGGGGUGAGGAGGCGCUAGACGAGACAGCUCUUAGAGGGGAUAAGGGAAUCCGAAAGGAGAAGGUGCUCACCCCCCGGCAGUACCUGCUGCGCUCCAUUGGGCUCGCCUAUAAAGAGCUGCCCCUUAUAGUCACGGGCUUCAUCUGCCUUGCUGUCACGUCUGGAGCAGGACUGCUCAUCCCCACCUUUCAGGGCCGUAUAGUAGACGACGUGAAGGACGGGCAGGUCGAUAAAGCCCAAUUCCAUCGGGACGUCCUAGCCAUGGCGCUCUGCUCGCUCAUCACCGGCAUCUUCGGCGGACUGCGUGGCCUCUGCUUCUCCGUCGUCGGAAAACGGAUCCUCAAAACCCUCCAGGACAAGCUCUUCGAGGGCGUGAUCAUCCAAGACAUCGCGUAUUUCGACUCGACAACCACUGGAGAGCUGACUUCCCGGUUGACCAAUGACGUCGCUGCGAUGAGCGAGCCGAUUAACUGGCAGCUGUCGGCGCUGGUGCGGAAUCUGGCAUCGCUGGUGGGCGGUGUGCUGCUGUGCUUUGUGACGUCGUGGAAGCUCAGCAUUCUCGCGUUCACCACCAUGGCGCCCAUUCUGCACAUCACCGCGGUUUACUCGCGCUGGUCGAGAGAUUUGAACAGGAAGCGAUACGCGGUUCUUGCAGAGGCAAAUAGCGCAGCAUCGGAGGCUCUAUCCAAUAUCCGCACAGUGCGGGCAUUCUCAACAGAGGGGGUGGAGAGGGAGAGGUACGAGAGCAAGACCAUGGCGGCCAUGACCAAGGGCGUGAGGGACGCCCUCGCCUACUCCGGUGCCGUUGCCAUCAACAACUGGCUCGACCUGGGUGCCUCUGUGCUCAUCCUCUGGUACGGAGGAGUGUUGGUAAUGGAGGGGCACAUGCGCCUGGGGCAGCUGAUCGCCUUCCAGCUCUACUGGAACCUCAUCCAGUCGGGGUAUCAGAGCAUCAUGUCUGUACUCAUGUCGCUCACCAAGGCCUCUGGCGCUGCCCAGAGGGUGCUCUCCCUCAUCGACUCCCUGCCAGACAUCGACCCCGAUGCCGGCACCAAGGUGUCCACGCUGCGGGGAUCCAUCAGCAUGGAGGACGUGCACUUCCACUACCAGAUGCGCCCAGAGCACCCUGUGCUCAAAGGAGUGUCCCUCCAUGUGGAUCCAGGGCAGGUGCUCGCCCUGGUGGGUCGCAGCGGGGGCGGCAAGUCGACAGUCGUGCAUCUGCUCAUGCGAUUCUACGAUCCCGUGCAAGGCCGCAUCGUGAUGGACGGCCGAGAUCUGCGCGAGCUGAAUCUACGGUCGGUGCACGCGCACAUGGGGCUGGUGGCUCAAGAUACUCAGAUGUGGGCAUGCAGCAUCGAGGAGAACAUUGCAUAUGGCUUGCCGUGUUACACUCGAGCUGAAGUGGAAGAAGCUGCCAAGCAUGCCAACGCACAUGAUUUCAUCACCAAGUUCCCUGAGGGGUAUGCCACGCGUGUGGGGGAGAGGGGAGUGCGGCUUUCAGGCGGCCAGAGGCAGCGCAUUGCUAUUGCUCGCAUGCUGCUGCGGCGUCCGCGGGUGCUCUUAUUGGACGAGGCCACGUCAGCACUGGACGCGGAGAGCGAGGCGCUGGUGCAGGGCGCUCUGGACCGGCUGAUAGCGGAGGGCGGGCGUACCAUCGUGCUCGUGGCUCACCGGCUCUCCACCGUUCGCAAUGCUGACAGCAUAUGCGUGUUGGAAGGGGGAAAGGUCGCUGAGCAUGGCACACAUGAACAGCUGCUGGAAAUACCAAAUGGAGUGUACGAGCGCUUAGUGCGACGGCAGUUGAGCAAGGCAGCCAAUACGCUUGGGGGAAUCGAGUCAUCAGCAGCAGCAGCCGACAAGCAUGACCGUAUUGACAAUUUGAUAGAGGAAAUGCACUGA